AUGUGGGCUCUCAACUGGUUCUGGAACAACCUGUUGCCUGACAACGAGUAUCGCAUUGCCAUUGUCAAGAAGAUCUAUCUGGAGCUGGAAAACCUGCCAGUAGGAGACACUUCUGUGUGUCCUCAGUCCACCAGACAAGUUCUCUUUCGUGCUGCCGAGAACUGGGGCCACCACUUGCAGCUGAGCGACCUCCUCCCUUUCUUCCUCUGCCUGCAGGGACGGUUUACACCAGCACUGCUGAGCUUCUUCCCGCCAGAGAAGGGUCUCGUCUCACGUCUCCUGCCACACGCCCUCCAGGUCUACCUGCACAUGCUUGGCACCAACACAGCGCCUAAGCUGACUGUCAGCCAGACAGGGGAGCUCUGCUUUUCUAACAAGACAUGGGGGCGAAUCUCAGGUGUGAUGCUGUUAUCACUUUCACGUCUGGUUUGCUUUGUACUCCAGGUCCAUAGAUGUAACCUGCUCAUCCACACCAAUGAAGCUGUACAAGUUGUGAACGGGAUUCUGCAGAUUUGCUCCAACAGCAUUGUGCAGAUCCCACGACACUUCCUGUCGCUGUACUGUGAUCAAGCCCUGUUGCUGCUGGUCACUGGAGCUUUGAGACAGAUCAUCCUCCAUCCUACUCUCAGUCCAAUCAUACCUAUUCUGUGCACCUUCCAGCAGUCUCAGUAGGGAAGCCCAGACUUCCAGGGCACCACCUCCAAUUCCAGCGGGAGGACACCAAGGUGUUCCCAGGCCAGCUGUGAGACACAAUUCCUCCAGCGUGUCCUAGGUCUGCCCUGGGGCCUCCUCCCGGCCGGGCACGCCUGGAACGCCUCACCAGGGAGGCGGCAACUACAGUCAUGUAAAACAAAAUAGACCCUAAAGUGGGUCAUGGAUCCAUUCUGGAGAAACAUGUGGGCUCUCUGCUGGUUCUGGAAGUUGUGCGAUGACGACCUCCACGCCGCCAUCAUGCAAAAGAUCUAUCAGGAGCUGGAACACACAACUGAGGGCCCUGCAAGUUCUCUUCACUCCAUUAGACACCUUCUGGAUCCUCGCGCCAGAAACUGUGAGCAGUAAGACGUGUAGCUUUGCAGCGCUGUGUUUUAGCAGUAAAUGCCUGCAGCCCUUCCUUUCUCUAUGCACCCACGUCCCUUCCUCAGUCCCCUCAUGAAGACCACCUGCCAUUUUUUUUUACUUUACAAGCUGCUUUAGAGCCCCAUCCCUCCUUUGGCCAAAACCCGAAGUGCCAAUCAACCGCUUUGCAGAGACUGUAAAAAUAUUCUAUGGGUGAGAAUUCUGUGCUUAUGUUGAGGGCUCUUUUUAAGUAUGCAAUAUAUCAAACACUUUAUCAUUUCUUUGAAACACUGGCUUAGCAUGAGGGCAAAAACUAAAAAGUAGGGGUGUCCGAACUUUUUCCAAAAGCCACAUCCAGUAUGCUAUCAGUUCAAUAUAUUAUCAAUAAAUAUUUUUUUUAUUAUUUUUUUCAUCUAAAAUUUGAAUUAAUAUUUGAUCCAAAUACUAUAUAAAUAGACCAAUACAUGUUUUUCAUUUUUUAUUAUUAAAAUAUAAUGCUAGAUAAGAGAUUACUGUAAUUACUUUACUUUGGAUUACUUAGGUUUUCUAUAAAAAACAAAAAAAAUCCUGGCUAAUGUUUUUGUUCACUGAAAGAAAAAAAUAUCCCCUUGGGAAGUCAUAAUUUUCAGAUAAAAAGUCAAAAUUACAAGAUAAAAAGUCACAUUUUUGGAAGUCAAAAUGAGAUUAAAAAGCUGAAAUAAUGAGAUACGAAGGCUCCAGUGAAGAAGGCGACAUGUGUUAUCUCAAUUUCGACUUUUCGUCUCAUAAUUGUAAUUUACUAUUGGGAUAUGUGUCGCAAAUGUCCCUUGGGCCACACUUUGAACACCCCUGCUUUAAAGGACGCCGUGAUGAAGCAUUUUUGUGCCUUAUUUCUAAAUCUUUUAGGAAGACUUGCCAGAAGACUUGAAAAUCAGGUAUUAAACAGCCGAGACAGGAGAUGAGUGCAAUAAUUUAUUUUGAACAUGUUUUAUGAUCUGCUUGUGGCAGCCGUGUUUCUGUGGACGUGCAGCGGCACGUACGAGAAGCGUAACGCUGGCGGUCCGCGUCCGGCGUGGUGCUGCUUGAUGAGGUCAGACAGGAAACGCAUCACACUCAAGUCGCCCAGCACAGACGGGGAAGCCUUUCCGAGAUCGGGCUCUUCGGAACCGAACGUGAACAGCAGAGCCCGAUUGGCCAGCGCCGUCAGGCCGCUCUCCAGGUGCAGGAGGUAGGUGGCUCCACGCAGGAUGUUAGUGGAGCGGUCGGCCAGCGUCUUGACAAGCAAGCCGGAGUAGGACGGACAGCGCAGUGUCCUCUGGUCCAGGUCCAGCAGGCCCAGAUAACGACUGUAACGGGUCAGGGAGUGAAGCAUGGUGGAAGAUGGCGAGGAUGUUGACCUGAGCAACCACGAGAACAUGUCAGACACGCCACAAAAAACAUUCAAUUGGAUUAAAAAAAAACAAAUUUAAAAAUCACCUGUGGAUGCCAAUCAGCCUCCAGGUGAGCAGGUCGCUCAGCUGCAGGGGCGUGCUCAAACAUUUCAUCACCGCGCCGGGGGCAGGCAGGAAGAGGCUCAGUCCAUCCACCGUCUUCCUCACCAGACCCUCAUCGCCACCUACGACCACCAGCGGCCGGCCGCUCAACAAACAGAACACAGCGUGCUGGGAGAAGGAGUUUUGCUUGAGGAAGCGCAGCGCUCGUAGGCCCGCCUUCCUUCGCGUCCUUUUGUCAGAGAGGACCUUGCCAUGGACGCUCUGGUGUGGGGAGGGCGGGUCCGAGGAGCCGGCCAAGCUGGCGCUGUCCCACGCCUCAUCUGCUGCGCUGGGCGGCCUGAAGGGGGCAGAGGGCGGCAACCAUCGUUCAAUGUGGAGCGGUGUGCUAAAGUUCACCACGAGGUCAGGCAGAAUCUGAUCACUUGGACUACUUCCUGUUCCUUCACCAGCAAGGCUCCUCCCCCAAAGUGCCUCCUUCACUGUGACGUCACUGCUAACAAGUUUGUCAUCACAGGGUUUCAUUUUUGGGUCAUUUCUUGACUCCUCCCACUUCUCUGAGAAACCCUUACUGAGAGGCUGUGGCUCCACCUCUUCCUCUGUGAUGGCGGUGAGGUCUUCGGGGAUGAUGGACUCGGUGGUGCUCAGGACUUCGAUGCUGUCCUCGCUGUUGGCUCGUCUGGCAUAUCCUCUCACUCGUCUGGGGACCGCCUCCGACCCGCUACUCCUCGCAACGGGCACCUCAGAGUCUGAGGCAUCAUGCCGCUGCGUGCGAUACGAGCGCUCCGUCCCGAUCACUUCGAUGCUGUCACUGCUACUGACGCUUCCUGUCAUCUCCAUGGUGCCCUGCGGGUCGGGGGUCA